AUCACCAUUUUGUUUUGCAGUUCGCAAGUUGAAGUUCGGUGGCCUUGUUUUAAAUAAUUAUCUCAACCUGCGUUAUUGCUAGAAACUCGGACUUUUUAUGUAUAAAAUCCGUAGUGGAGUUUUAGUGGUAGCUUUUUUAUUUUGUGAUUUUCGUUCACCAAACUGAGCUUUCAUGAUUGGAUUACCGCGUAGCGAUAGAGAUAGAGAUCGUAUUACGGUGAAAAUUCGUAACAUGAAGCGGAGUUCGUCAAGGGACAGUAUGCCGCGGUCUAAGCGGACGCGUAGUAGCAUAGGGAGGUACGACGAUAGCUCUGAUGAGCGCAUCACUCCCGAGCGCGUUCGCCGCCGGGUCCGUUCGCCGAGCCCCCGGGGCCGGUACGUGUCUCCGCACCGCGACGAUUAUGUUCGGUCCCGAGAAGUGCGCGAAGACUCUGUGCGACCCUAUUACAAGGUUCUGUGUGUGAGUGCUCUACACCCGAAAGCGUCCGAUGAAAUCGUGAAGGACACCCUAUACAGGGAGUACAAAAAGUUCGGGGAUUUCAGCAUCAAAAUAUCUCACGAGCUAGACGAGAGAGUGGCUUACGUAUGCUUCCGUAGUACGGAGGACGCUAGAGACGCGAAACAUGCCAAGCCGAGGAUAAUAAUGUAUGACAAAGUUGCAAUUGUUGACCCAGUGUAUGAACCGGUCCGUUCCGAGUACCGUAGUAGACCGAGAAGUAUAACCCCGCCUGACUAUGAUCGUCCCUACUCCUAUGCCUGGUCUCCGGCUCCCGAAAGACGAAGAGCUCCUCCAGAUGAUCGUGCCUACGGUAUUCCACCUACAGUACCUCCCCAUCACAGGGACUUCCGUCCUCCCAUGCACGAGUAUCCAAUGGCAGGUCCUCAUGGGCCUCCGAUGCAUCACCGUCCACCUAUGCAUCAUCCACCUCAUCCCCAUUAUAUGCCUCGACCGUACAUGCCUCGACCGCACCAUCCACCAUUUGAAAAGCUCGAAAACAAAAAAGAUAAGUUUCCUAACUAUUUGCACCAUGUUCAACCUGAAGAUGAUCCUUUGGCCACCAGGACAUUGUUUGCUGGUAAUUUAGAAAUAAACAUUUCUGAUGAGGAGCUUCGUCGCAUAUUUGGCCGUUAUGGUAUUGUUGAGGAUAUUGACAUAAAAAGGCCGCCACCCGGCACAGGCAAUGCUUUUGCUUUUGUAAGAUAUCAAACUUUGGAUAUGGCUCACCGGGCUAAGGUUGAGCUUUCGGGGCAAUAUAUUGGUAAAUUCCAAUGUAAGAUUGGUUAUGGUAAAGCAACCCCGACUACAAGAGUUUGGGUAGGUGGUCUUGGGCCUUGGACCUCUGUUGCACAGCUUGAGAGGGAAUUCGAUAGGUUUGGAGCAAUCAAAAAGAUUGAGUAUGCUAAGGGUGAACCUCAUGCGUACAUUUUGUAUGAUUCAAUUGAUGCUGCACAGGCAGCCGUUAAAGAGAUGAGGGGAUUCCCACUUGGGGGCCCUGAAAGACGUCUUAGAAUUGAUUUUGCUGAUGUUGGUAAUGGUGGAACAUACAGGCCCAAACCGUAUGUCGCCCCAGUGGGAGAGGAAGGUCGCGCUGGGGAGGCAUAUGAAGGUUAUGAGGGCUAUGAAGAUGGAUAUGCUUAUGGUAGUGCAGGUUACAGAGGUAGGGGUCGUGGACGUGGCCGAGGCAUGUAUCGUGGGGUAUACCAUGGGGCAGGUGACUACCGUGACGAUGAAUGGAGACGACCAGUAGAUGGCGAGUAUGAUGGCCGUAUACGAAGGUCAGGCUCCCGGGAGCCUGGAGUAGAUAGGUCGCGAUCACGCUCACCCAGACGCCGGUCUCCAGAUAGUGACUCAGAUGGAUCCCCACGAAGGAGUGGUGGAAUGUUGGCUUCUGCAAGGACAUUGCCUGAAGUAGUACGGAAGGCGACCACUAUUUGGAAUGGUGCCCUUAUAUUGAAAAAUUCCUUAUUUCCUACCAAAUUUCACCUUACUGAUGGUGACUCUGAGAUCAUUGAUAGUCUGAUGAAGGAUGAAGAUGGCAAAAACCAACUGAGAAUUACACAGAGACUCAGAUUGGAUCAGCCCAAGUUGGAUGAUGUACAGAAACGCAUAGCCACAUCGAGUUCUCAUGCCAUAUUCUUGGGAGUCGCUGGAUCUACACAAUCUAUUACAAAUGAAGAUGCCAGCAUACAGACGAGACCUAUGCGAAACUUGGUGUCCUAUCUCAAGCAAAAGGAAGCAGCCGGUGUAAUAUCUCUGUUAAAUAAGGAGACCGAGGCUACUGGAGUUUUGUACUCGUUCCCCCCGUGUGAUUUCUCCACCGACUUGCUAAAGAGGACCUGCCACAAUCUUACUGACGACAGUCUCAAAGAGGACCACCUGGUCAUAGUAGUGGUUAGGGGUGGCUCGGCUUAAAUUAUAAACAUAAAUAAGAAUUAGAUUAGCAUAAGAUUUUCUUAAACUUAUAUUAUUUUGAUUAUACAUUUUUAUUUUGUAUCUUGUGACGUGUAGUGAACUUGUGAUGUGUAAAUAAUUUUUAUUUGUGGCCCUAGUUCUUCAUGUGAAGUGCUGUUCACAGUUUUGUGUAAAUUUAUUUGCCAAAUCAUUCAAUAGUUUGCUAGGUAAUACAAAUGUGUAUCACUAUAUCCAAAAUUGUGUAAAAUUUGAGUGUAUGUGUAGUGUGUGCAAACACAAAUAGAAUAUUAUAUCUCA